ACGACGUUGUCAAAAGUGCUUUAUUUUGUUUACGGCUGUUUACGGUACUUUUGAGCGUUUGACUGCGCGUAAACAACAGUAUUUUGCGGAUUUUGCGAGGUGUUGAACAUUUUGGAGAUUUAAAAUCUAACUUAUUACGGAACCAUGUCCUCCUGGGAGGAAAUUCACGCCGUCAAGGCCAAACGAAACACCCUGCGCGAGCGUUUAGAGAAACGUAAGAAGGAACGGCAGGACCUGUUUGGUGGAAGCAGUCCCGGGCCGAGUGUUGUCGGUCUGAUCAAAACUGAGGCCGGCGUCUCCACGACGGAUGAUAAAAGCAAAAUCCUUCUCACGGCUAUUAAGCUUGAACAAGACAUCGAUUCAGAAGUGGAGAAAACCCUGGUGAAAGUGCUGGUGGAUCGCAGCCUUAUUUUGCCUUCCAACUCUACCCAAAUCGCGCAACGGGUUGAGAAAAUUAUUCAGAGAUUCACUCCGAACGAGUCGAUUCUGUAUUGCCUGCAGAAAUUGUCCGGUCAAAAUUUGGUCAACAUCAAGGAAGUAAGCAUCGGCGGCACUGUAGGGUAUGAAGUCAUUUCGGCUGAGUAUGGCAAUCUUCAGUCGCUGUACGACAAUCUGCUACUCAACCAAACUGAACGGGAAGCAACCAAGCGGAAGGCGAUCAAAGAGGAAAUGGAUUCGGACUCGAAGAUUGCUCGUUUGGGUUUAGGUUUGGUGAAGGAGGAAUCACAGAAGAAGCCCGGAGAAUCCAGCACUCUGAGCAGUACUUCUGAUAUCAUGUCUUUACUGUCGUUGCCGUCCACCCGUGAGAAGCAAAGCAAGCAGGUCGGUGAGGAAAUUUUGGAACUGCUGACAAAGCCAACGGCGAAAGAACGAUCACUGGCGGAGAAGUUCAAAUCGCAAGGUGGGGUACAAGUGAUGGAAUUUUGCCCUCACGGAACGAGAAUCGAGUGUUUGCGUUCGCUGGAGGCGGCGAACGAUGCAUUGUUGCAUAGUGAGGAUGAUGAUGACGUUAUCAUUAGCGAUGAUAACAAUGGUUUUGAGAUCGUCGAAAUUAAGAAGGAGAAAGUAGAUGAUAAAAUCAAAUUUCAAUGUAAUAAACUUCACUUCAAGAAGAUCAUCCAAUCUCAUACGGACGAGUCGCUCGGCGAUUGCAGUUUUUUGAAUACAUGCUUUCACAUGGAUACUUGCAAGUAUGUGCAUUAUGAAGUAGAUACGUUCGUUGGUCAGAAUACGGGUUCCAAGUUCGAAGGCGAGGUUUCCAAGCGUACAAUCGACCCCUGUGCUACGUUGUACCCACCGCAAUGGAUUCAGUGUGAUUUGCGUUAUCUGGACAUGACCGUGCUGGGGAAAUUUGCCGUUGUAAUGGCCGAUCCGCCAUGGGACAUCCACAUGGAACUUCCUUAUGGCACGAUGUCCGAUGACGAGAUGAGACAGUUGGGCGUUCCGGCCCUGCAGGACGAUGGACUGAUAUUUCUGUGGGUUACUGGCCGAGCCAUGGAACUUGGACGAGAAUGUCUGAAGCUGUGGGGCUACGAACGCGUGGACGAAUUGAUUUGGGUCAAAACAAAUCAGCUGCAACGAAUAAUUCGUACCGGUAGAACCGGCCAUUGGUUGAACCACGGAAAGGAACACUGUCUGGUGGGUAUGAAGGGGAACCCUCCCAAUUUGAAUCGGGGACUGGAUUGCGAUGUCAUUGUUGCAGAAGUGCGAGCAACCAGCCACAAGCCGGAUGAAAUCUACGGAAUAAUCGAACGCUUGAGUCCCGGCACGAGGAAGAUUGAGCUGUUCGGCAGACCGCACAAUGUGCAACCCAACUGGAUUACGCUCGGCAACCAGUUAGACGGUAUCCGUUUGGUGGACCCGGAAUUGAUAAGCUCAUUCCAGAAGCGAUAUCCAGAUGGGAACUGCAUGACUCCGGGGAAGAAUCCCUAGUUUUACGAUCGCAUAAGAAAAGUUUACAUUUUUUAUUUUAUCAAUUAUGUAAAGUCAAAUAGAUUGGCAUAAUAAAAGUUUUUCCUUUGAUUAUUUAAUUCAACAGAUAGCUAA